CACUGCCACAUCAUGGGGGUCUCGACCACCAAGAACAUCCAUGACAAUGCUUCUCUGUCACAGAAUGCAACGAAACAGCAACAACCAGAGCUCGACAUUGAGCACAUGCUAACACAGCUCACACUCGGGGAGAAGGUAUCUCUUACAGCAGACUUUUGGCAUACUGUACCGGUCCCUCGUCUGGGUAUACCUUCUAUCCGCCUCUCCGACGGCCCCAACGGUGUGCGCGGCACAUGUUUCUUCGACGCCGUACCGUCAACGUGUCUUCCUUGUGGCACUGGUCUUGGUGCUACAUUCGACAAAGAUUUGCUACAGAGGGUCGGAGGUCUACUAGCUGACGAGUGCAGAGCUAAGGGUGCUCAUAUGCUCCUUGGUCCUACAAUCAACAUUCCCAGAGCACCUCUCGGAGGUCGUGGCUUCGAAUCGUACUCAGAAGAUCCAUUCCUUGCAGGUGUACUCGCCGGUCAUUACUGCCAGGGCGUUCAGGACAAGGGCAUCGUUGCAUGUCUCAAACACUUUGCCUGCAACGAUCAAGAAGACCAGCGCAUGGCUUUCAAUGCUAUCGUUACCGAGCGAGCUUUGAGGGAGAUCUAUCUGGCUCCUUUUCAGAUCGCGCUCAAGCACUGUCAGGCUGGCGCCGUCAUGACCGCAUACAACAAGAUCAACGGUGUUCACGCAGCUGAGAAUGAACACAUCUUGAAGGACAUUCUACGAGGCGAAUGGGGCUGGGAUGGCCUUGUCACGAGUGAUUGGUUCGGUACUUAUAGUACGACCGGAGCAAUCAAGGCUGGACUCGAUCUCGAGAUGCCCGGUCCGUCACGCUGGCGUGGCGAGGCUUUGAUGCACGCCGUGACCGCCAACAAAGUCAAANAGAGCGAACUCGAUGAUCGCGUCCGAGCCAUUCUUCGACUCGUCAAUUCGGGCUUACGUUCUGGCAUCCCGCAGAAUGCUCCUGAACUGCCACUCGACCGUCCCGAAGACAGAGCGCUGGCUCGUCAGGUCGCAGCUCAGUCCCAAGUCCUUCUGAAANACGAGGGCAAUAUCCUGCCAUUCCGAAAAGAUAAGCGCAUCGCUGUCAUCGGGCCCAACUCCAAGAUUGCUACCAUUUCAGGCGGCGGUAGCGCUUCUUUGACACCGUACUACACAGUCACUCCAUUCGAAGGUGUAUCGACCAAGGCCGCUGCUGGUGUUGACUGGGCACAAGGUGUCUACAGUCAUCAAUCGCUACCAACCAUUGGCGAACAUAUGCAUACUCAUGACGGCAGGGAAGGUUUCACAGUCAAGCUUUACAACGAUCCUCCCGAAGCAGAACGCCGCGAAUUGCUCGAAGAGCGAAUCCUCACAAAUUCUAACGUCCUCUUCGCUGGGUUCGAUCGUCAAGAUCUUGCGUAUAUAUGGCAUGCUGAUGCAGAAGGUAUUUUCACUGCCCCUGAGACUGGACUUUACGACUUCGGUCUUGCAGUCUAUGGUACCGCCCGUCUGUACAUCGAUGGCGAGCUCAUUGUCGACAACGUCGAGAACCAGCGUGCUGGACCAACCUUCAUUGGCUGUGGAACAGUUGAGGAGACUGGUACGAAAGAACUGGUUGCGGGCCAACAGUACAAUAUCUUCGUCCGAUGGGCGAGUGCCAACUCUAGCACCAGAGUCAAACCCGAUGGAGUCGUUCUGUUCGGUCAUGGCGGAUUCCGCAUUGCUGGCUGCAAGCGGCUGGACUUCGAGACAUCUAUCAAAGAGGCAGCAGACCUCGCUCGUACUGUCGAUCAAGUUGUCUUGUUAACGGGAUUGAGCGGCGAAUGGGAGAGCGAAGGACAAGACCGUCCUCACAUGAACCUUCCGCCCGGCAACGAUGAGCUCAUCUCUGCAGUCUUGGAUGCCAAUCCCAAUACCGUCGUUGUUGUACAAAGCGGUACGCCAGUUGCAAUGCCAUGGGCUGACAGGGCCAAAGCCAUCAUUCAAUCUUGGUUUGGUGGUAACGAGACGGGCAACGGCAUCGCAGAUGUGCUUUACGGCGAUGUCAACCCUUGCGGCAAGCUUCCCCUGACCAUGCCACGCCGCCUGCAAGACAACCCUGCCUACAUCAACUACAGAUGCGAAGGUGGGCGCACUCUAUACGGCGAGGAUAUCUACGUUGGCUAUCGUUGGUAUGAGAAGAUUGAGACUGCACCUCUCUUCCCAUUUGGACAUGGCUUGUCGUAUACAUCCUUCGAGAUCAGCGACUUACAAGUCAAACAAGAUGAUUCGUCCAACCUCGAUGUCACCUGCCAGAUCCUGAAUACCGGCGUCAAGGCUGGCGCACAAGUCAUUCAAGUGUACGUCGCAGCACCUAAAUCACAACGGGUCGCAAGACCCGUCAAGGAGCNNUUGAAGGGUUUCUGCAAGGUCUUUUUAAAAGCUGGAGAGACCAAGGAAGUCAAUUUCAGUAUCGACCUGAUGCAAGCAACGAGUUAUUGGGAUGAGAUUGAGGAUAAGUGGUGCAGUGAGGCUGGUACUUAUAAGAUCAUGGUGGGUGACAGCAGUGCGGCCAGCGAUUUUCUGGUAGAAGAUGUCAUCGACAAGGAGACAACUUACUGGUCAGGGUUGUAA